CACCAGCAAAAUGCCGGACGUCAUGGAGAAUGUGUCCCCGAAGGACCCUGGCGACGCAGAGAGCGGGCCCUGCAAGGCUGAGACGUCAGAACCGACUCAGGAAGACAAGAGCGGCCCCGAGGACGCCCCUGCCUUUCUUUCUGUCACAGUUCUCACAGAGACAGUUAAUGAAGUUUCCGAGCUGAGCAACAAGAUGGGGAUGAAUCACGAUUACCACAUGGAAGAGGAGAUUGUACCUCCAAGCAGUCUGGAAGGCAAGGUCAAGGAGACAAUGCACAAUGCCUUUUGGGACCAUCUUAAAGAGCAACUAUCAGCAGUUCCCCCUGACUUCAGCUGUGCUCUUGAACUUCUGAAAGAAAUUAAAGAGAUCUUGCUGUCACUGCUGUUACCACGCCAGAACCGCCUAAGAACUGAGAUCGAAGAAGCUCUGGACAUGGACUUCCUCAAGCAGAAAGCAGAACAUGGGGCUCUGGAUGUCCCUUACCUCUCUAAGUACAUUCUCAACAUGAUGACUUUGCUGUGUGCACCAAUUCGAGACGAAGCAGUGCAGAAACUAGAACACGUUACAGACCCUGCUCAGUUACUGAGAGGGAUCUUCCAGGUUCUGGGCCUCAUGAAAAUGGACAUGGUGAACUACACUAUCCAGAGCCUUCAACCCCACCUGCAGGAACAUUCCAUCCAGUAUGAACGGGCCAAAUUCCAGGAACAGCUCAAUGAGCAGCCUAGCCUUCUCAAUCACACCACCAAAUGGCUGACCAAAGCAGCAGCAGACCUCACCGCGCCACCUCCAACUUGUCCUGACAUGCCUGACUCCCCCAGUGUGGCCGGCCCCUCUCCAAAUGAAGCAGCCAACAACCCAGAGCCCCUCAGCCCGUCAAUGGUGCUGUCCCAGGGCUUCCUGAACCUCCUUCUCUGGGACCCUGAAAAUGAAGAGUUCCCUGAGACCCUGCUGAUGGACAGAACCCGGCUGCAGGAGCUGGAGUCCCAGUUGCACCAGUUAACUGUCCUGGCCUCAGUCUUGCUAGUGGCCGGUAGUUUCUCUGGCAGUGUUUUAUUUGGCUCACCCCAGUUUGUGGAUAAACUGAAACGCAUAACCAAAUCACCGUUGGAAGACUUUAACUCCAGGCCUGAGGAGGCUAUGCUGACUGUGAGUGAACAGGUAUCUCAGGAAAUCCAUCAAAGCCUCAAGAAUAUGGGCCUUGCUGCUCUGAGCAGUGACAAUGCAGCAUCUUUGACAGGACAGCUCCAGAACAUUGCCAAGAAGGAGAACUGUGUCCGCGGUGUCAUUGAUCAGCGGAUCCAUUUGUUUCUCAAAUGCUGUUUGGUUCUUGGUGUGCAGAGGUCUCUGUUAGACCUCCCUGGAGGCCUUACUCUCAUUGAGGCAGAGCUGGCGGAACUGGGCCAAAAAUUUGUGAACUUGACUUAUCACAAUCAGCAGGUGUUUGGCCCCUACUACACUGAGAUCCUAAAAACCCUCACUUCCCCAGCCCAGGCACUGGAAACAAAAGUGGAGUCUCUCUGAUAGCACUGGCUCAGAGCCCUGGCACCUUGGACCCAGGAGAGAGGCCCAUCAUCUUCCUGGGGUAACAUCACCACUGACCAGCAGAAAAAUGAAUCCCCACACCAACCUCCCAACGGCCAGUACACCAGGGAUGUAGGGAUCAAGAUGUAAACACCAACUGGCCCACACCCAUUCACUAAUAAACUUCUGAAUUGCAAGAA